AUGGGGUGUAUCUUUGAUUCGAGGUCCAUAUCCCGUGGCGAGAGUGCCGUCACCACAGUACUGCAGUACUACGCCCAGAUCCAAGACGAUCAUUCAAUCAACCUGAGUGGGAAUCCUCCAAGCCGGACCGAUCCACAGGCCGUGAACACAAACCGAGCCGCGCCAUAUAGCACCGCGUCUGCACCCGGAGUCAAGUAUUGCAGCUGGGAGAAAGGCAUAUAUCAUUAG